AGCCCCGCUCGGAUUAUCUGCCGCCGUCGCAGUCGCCGCCCGCUGUGAGCGCCGCUCCGGGAUCCGCCGCCGCGGCGCCUCCAAGAUGCUCCGCAAAGGGAGCUGCCUGGAGCCCUUCCUGCUGCUUCUGCUGGCUCUGGAGCUCCCCUCUUCGGGCGGCUGCCCCACCGACUGCGUCUGCUACCCGUCCCCCAUGACCGUCAGCUGCCAGUCCCACAACUUCCUCGCCAUCCCGGAGGGCAUCCCCGAGGACAGCGAGCGCGUCUUCCUGCAGAACAACCAGAUCUCCCUGCUGCUGCGUGGCCACUUCAGCCCCUCGCUGGUCACCCUCUGGCUGUACUCCAACAACGUCACCUUCGUGGACCCCAACGCCUUCCGCGGCUUCUCCCACCUGGAGGAGCUGGACCUGGGAGACAACCCCAACCUGCAGGAGCUGUCGGCCAAGACCUUCCAGGGCCUCAGCCGCCUGCACGCCCUGCACCUCUACAAGUGUGGCCUCAGCUCCCUGCCCGGCGGCAUCUUCUCGGGCCUCCACAACCUGCAGUACCUCUACCUGCAGGACAACCGGCUGGGCUACCUGCACGAUGACCUCUUUGUGGACCUCGUCAACCUCAGCCACCUCUUCCUGCACGGCAACCGGCUCUGGAGCCUCCACCAGAACACCUUCCGGGGGCUGGUCAACCUGGACCGGCUCCUUCUCCACCAGAACCAGCUCCAGAGCAUCCACCGGGGAGCCUUCCACGACCUGCGGCGCCUCACCUUGCUCUUCCUCUUCAACAACAGCCUCUCCGAGCUGCCAGGGGAGGCCCUGGCCCACCUGGAGGCCUUGGAGUACCUGCGCCUCAACAGCAACCCCUGGCACUGCGGCUGCCGGGCCCAGUCGCUCUGGGAGUGGCUGCGCCGCUUCCGGGGCUCCAGCUCCAGCGCCGUCUGCGAGUUCCCGGAGAAGCUGCGCGGCGUGGACUUGAAGGAGCUGACGGCAGACAGCUUCCGGGGCUGCGCGGCCUCCGAGUCGCUGCACCACCAGGUGAACGGGGUGCGCUUCCCGCCGUCGGCCGACAGGGCGCCCCCCGGGGACCACCCGCUGCUCCACUCCUCCACGGAGAAGGGGAAAGGGCGGCCAGGGGAGCAGCGUCCGGGGCAGCAGCAGCGCCCCGGCUACCGGAAGCCUGGCAAGAACUGCACCAAGAGUCGUAACCGCACCACCAAGCCAGCCGGGCCCUGGAAGGAGAGCGAGGGGGCGGACUACGAGCACAAGUCCCCCGGCCUGGGCCUGCUGCCCAAGCCCAAGGGGAAGUGCCAUCGGACAUCUCUGCAGCCCCCCAGCGGGGUCCAGCAGGCAGCGGGGGGUGGGGUGCGGGGGGCUGGGGCCAGGGCUGCGGGGGCCCUGCAGGCCGCCCUGCUGGUCGGGGUGCUGGCCUUGGCGGUGAUCGUCCGCUGACCGCGGAGGAGCCACGCUGAGCCACCACUGGUCUCUGGAGCCCCAGCGCUGUGACUCCUCCCCCCCUUUU